UUUUGGUAUCAAUAGCGUAUCAAUUUCAAAGGUUCAAUUUUGUACGGACAAUAUUAUCAUACUUUUGUCAAUUGAUUUCAAAUUCUAUUUCUGUUCAAUUAUUUAAUUAUGACAUAAGAAAUAAUAAUACAAUUUUCUUAUCGCUACGUAAUCAUGAGUGACUCUUGUAGUGAAAAUACUGAUUUCUUGGUGUCUCUACCAUCAGAUUUCUUCCAAGUGCACACCUCAGAUAGUGAAACAAUCGAAGACACAGUUACCGAAGAGUUGUCGAUAAGUUCAAAUAGUUUUAAAGGUGUAAUUGACAAUUUAGUGACGAAUUUAGAUACUUUAUCCAAUCAAAUUAAUGUAAUCGAACAAAUGGAAACUAGUUACAUUAGCAAUGGAUUGGCUAGUCCUCUUAGUGCAUCCUCUCCUCUUAAACGAAAUGGUGAAAAAUAUAUAAACUAUAGUUCUAUUGAUUCAUUAAUGAAAGAAAUGGUUAAUACCUAUGAGUACAAUGACAAGUUAUUGAAAAAUAACUUGGAUAAUGGUCAGAUUCAGCGUAAUGUCAACUUUCAGAAAAUAGAUGACACAUCACCGGUUAAAACCAAGGAAGCCAUUAAUGAUGAAUUGGGUGAUAAUAAUUCUAAAAGGUAAGUUUAAAGUUUAAAAAUAUUGACUACCUACCUACUUCAUUUAAUUUAUUUUUAGUUCAUAUUAUAAUGAUGUGGAAAGUGCAUGUCCGCGUGUAGCAGCUUUUAAUGAUUCUCAAAAAUUAGAUUCUGUUUCAAAAGAAAAUUUAUGGUUGAAACUCGGAAAAGAAAUUUACCAUAGACAAGUGAGCUAUUUUUAUAGGUACCCACUCACAUUAUAUGCAGAUUAUGCAUGAUGAAAAAUUGUAUUUAGAUUUACAAUAUAACUAUCAUAUUAUAGAACAAUUGCAGUUUAGCUAUCAAUCAAUUUUUUUUUAAAAAAAAAAACCUAGAUAAAUAAACGUUUUAAAAAUGAUAGUGCAAACAAAAAUUGUGGCUGAUCAUUAGUUUCGAAGUUAUAGCCAUUUAAAGUUUAUCGUUUUUAUGGAUAUUAUGGUGUUUUAUUAAAUACUUGCAGUAUUGUGUUUCUUCUAUAUGUAUUGUCGUUAAAAACAUUAGUAACUAAACUGAAAUUAUACCCAUAUAGUUGAUAGGUAUUAGUGGCGUAAAUUUGGGCUAAGUAGGUUUAUGAAGGGAUGACAAAUUGUUUUUAAAUUAUAAAGAAGUAGGAUAUAAACUUAUUAGCUAAGGCUUAUUUUCUGGAGAGAGACGAGUAGGGUCUAAAUUUAAAAAAGUCAUCAUAAGUAUUUUAUUGUCAUUGUCUUACAUUUAAACAAGACCUCUUAAAGUGAAUAAUAUUUGUUGAGGCAUAGUAGUCAAUACAAAUAAUAUACAUAAUAAUUUUAUAUAACAAAACUUGGAAGGGGAAAUUGAACACCAAAAUCCCCUUCCAUGAUUUUGCCACUGAUAGGUAUCCUAUUGUUCCACUCAAUUGUCAAUUUAAUUUAUUUUUCCUAUUACUCAAUUAAAGGUAUACUAUAUUGGAAGUACAAACAUAUCAUUUGUAAUAUCUGUUAAAUAUCAUUUUGCAGAAUAUUGAAAAGAAAGUAAUAGAUUUAGAAGAAAAAUUAAUUAACUAUGAGAAAAAAAUAGCUAAUUGUAAAGAGAUGGAUUGCCAAAAAAAUAAUCUUUUGGAUGAACUUGCUGCACGAUCUGCAAUGAUUCUGAGCCAAGUUAGAGCAUAUAGUAAUAUCAAUGAAAAAAUCAAUAGGGAUUUACAAGCAGAGCGUAAGAAUAAAAAAGAUAUUGUAGAAGCUAUGAAAGAAAAAAUUGAGCAUUAUAAAAAUGAUUCAGCUAAAGCUAUUACUCGUUGUAAUUCUUACAAGGCUAGAACAGAAACUGCUGAGAAAAAAUGCAGUGAAUUAUUAACUAACUGCCAAAAAAUAGAAGAACAAACUAACCAUUUACAAUUAAAUUUAGAAAAAAAAAAUGAAGAAAUUCAAAAACUACAAAAUGAAUUAGCUAGAUUACAAGAAAAAUAUAAAAAUGUAAGUUUCAAUAUUAUAGUUUAAAUAAAAAAAUGCACUUAUUUCUAAAAUCUUUACUUAGGUGUUAAAUCAAAUUUAUUUUUAAGAUAAAUGAAAAAUACAACAAAGUAAUAGACAAAAGUAUUAAGUUAGAAAAUGAAAUUGCAGUGUUAAAACAAGAAAAAAAUGUACUAUGUGAGAAAACUUUGAAAUAUGAUCAUCUACUGGAUCAAAAGCGAAGAAUUGAAGACAUAGUAAAUCAAAUGAGAAGUGCUGAAGUAUUUAUAAAUAUAUAAAUUAUUAUAUCUAUUUAGUAUAAAAUAAUUCUAAUUGUAGAUGAUUUUGUCAUGUUUUGUAUUACUACAAAUUAUAAUCUAUUUAAUAUUGUUUAACAGUCCUAUAAAUAUUGUUACUUAGAUAAAAAACGCAGAAGAGCUUAAUGCAGCAAAAGAAGAAAUUAAAUCUGUCAAAAACGAGUUAAAGAGUUUUUAUCAAAAACAGCUUGAUGGUAUGUUGGCAGAAAAAGUGAGUGAUUAUCAGCGUAAAUUAGAUGGAAUUGUACAGAUUACAAAUGAGGAAAACAAACUAAUAAAACUUCAAAUGAAUAAACAUAUGGCUAAUUUAAAAGAAAAGUUAAUAUCUUCUAAAUUGUUGUUAAAUUUAAAAUAUCAGUCACACGUGUUAAUUUUAUGUAUAGAUAUGACAAAGAAAAAGCACAAAUUAAUUUAAAGUAUACAACCGAGAUUGAAAAUUUGGAGACACUUAUAAAAGAAAAAUCUGAAUGUAUUUCUACAUUGGAACAACAUUUGGAAGCCGAAGUUCAAGAAAAACGACAAUUAGUUAAAAGUGUAAUGGGAGUAGUUAAAAAUGUGAACAUUGAUAGUCAAUCAAAUUCGGUAAUUAAUAUUUAAUUUUAAUUUUAUUUGUUUGAGUCAUAUAUAUUGUAUUUUAUAUUAUUAUUAUUAAAAAAAAAAAAAAUGAUUUGUAUUUUCAUUAAGUUUCAGAAAUUAAAUAGUGAGAUUAAACAUUCAAAACAAUUAUUUAAUAACAGUAAUUCAUCUUCAAGAUUAGAAGAUGAUUUUUCAUUUUUUGAACAAGAAAAAUUAAUACAUCAAGUCACUCCGACAGAACUGAGAAAGCAUAUUGAAGUUGUAAGUAAAAUAUUUUAUACACUGGUAUUCAUAAUUGGUUUUGUUUAAGGGGCUCAUUCAUUAUAUAAUAUACCUAAAAUAGACGAUGUUAAGUUUACAAUUAUAAUUUUUUUUUUUUUUUUUAAAUAAUAUUUGUUGUAACAUAAAGCUACCAUACUCAAAUUUUCAAAUUUAAAUUAAAAAUAAUGAUAAUGAUAAAUAAUUACAUUUAUCAAAAAAAAUGAUUCUGAGUUAAGUUCAUGCAUAAUUAAAAUUAUCUCAUAAUUUCCUGGAAAUUUCUUGUAAUUAUUUUAUUUGAAAAAUUUUAAAUAUUUAUUGUUAUUAAUGUCCAUAUUCAAUUAAUUUACAUUGAAAUUGCUGAAAGUAGCUGGAAGGUUGAAAUUACUAAGGUCUCGUUUUUUUUUAUACGCUAUAUCUAAAAAUAUAUAUAAAAUAAAUAUUGUAAUUAUUCUUUUAGUGCUCAGAAUAAUAAAAUAAGAGAUUUAACUUACACAUUAUAAUAUAAAAACACAAUAUCGUCUUAAAUUUAUAUUUAACCAAAAUUAAGUAAAAACUGAUAAUGUCUUUAAAAGAUGUAAUUUUACUAAAAACAAAUAAGUUAAUCUUUGUUAUAGUAAUUUUUCUCUUUCUUUUUUUAUCAACAAUAAACAUAAUUUAUUAAAUUGUUUCAGCUUUUGAAUAAAUAUCCUGGAAAUCCUUUGUCACAAAAAUAGUAAGUUCAAUUAUAUUAUUAGUGUAUUAGUAAUUAGUAUAUUAUUGUAUUAUCAGUUUAAUUCCUUCAUUUAUUUGAUGCAUUAUACAUUUAUCAAUUGUAUUUAUUUACCAUUAUUGUUCCUUCACUUAUAAAUGUAAAGCAAUAUAUAAUUUAAAUAUAUAGUUAUAAUAUUUAUAAUAAUUUAUCUAAUAUCAAAUAUUUUGUACUUUUAUAAUAUUUAUGUAUUCCGUACAUUUGUUUUGUUUUGGUUUUUUUUUUUUUAAUUUUACUUCAAAUAUUUAAUGUUCAAAUAUUGGACAAUAGUUAAAAUAAAUAUAACAUUAAUAUAUUAGAUGAUAU